AAUGGAGAUGAACUCGCAAAAGGCUGAAAGGCGUACAAAUGUAGUAGCGACUGGAUAACGAUGGUGGGCAAUCGUGAGGAAAGGGUCUAGAUACUGGGAGUCGCCGAGUGUUAUAUUGGUGUUGGUAAAAUGACAGAAGUAGAGGGAAAGAAAGAAGAAACGGAAACUGCAAAAAAAAUCGUCCAUACUUAUCCUUUAAUCCGGCAUUCCGACAUGAUGGAAGAAAUGAAAGGAGAGGUAAUGGAACUAGUUGUCACUGCUUGUGAAAAACAUUCAACAAACAAUGAAAUGGCUGCUCGUAUGAUAAAGGAAACAAUGGAUAAGAAGUUUGGUCCAUCAUGGCACACUGUUGUGGGGGAAGGUUUUGGCUUUGAGAUUUCAUAUGAGUGUAAGAAUCUGCUGUAUAUGUUUUUUGGUGGCAAUCUUGCAAUCUGCAUAUGGAAGUGUUCAUAGCUUUAAUUCCCCAGAAGAACUCCAAAUCGUAAUGUAUAGGCAUCAUGAUCAUAAAAAUGGUGGUACAGUAUACUUGCCUUCAUGGGAAACUGAUAGUAUUAAAUAAUGCCAAAUAUAUUCAGUUUUACAAUCAUAGAAAGCUAGCUGAACUGUUGAGAUGGCUUUUAUAUAUUUUUUUUAAAUAUUGUGUUAUGUUCUUUAUCAGUAUUUGCUUUGUUACCAGUUUUUAAUUGAGAUUUUAUUUUUUCUCCAUUUUGUGGAAUAUUAUGUUCGUUUUCUUAAUGAUUUAGCAUGAUUGUUGCUAAUUGUUUUUCAGUAUAAUGAGCAAUCUAUGACACAAACAUGAGAGGUUGUAUAUAUUUGUUGUUAAAUAAUUUAGUUCAGUUAACCUUGUUUAAGACUGCAGUUUCCUGGCUAUGGAACAUUUAUUGUUUUAAGUAAUAUUUAAACAGAUUCCUCUGUUUACUUCUCUGUGGUGUUAAGCUGUUCAAGGUGUGCUCAUUUUUAUAGGAUACAUAAUCCUAUAUUAUUAUUAUGGAAUAUAAUAUGGAAUAUAAGACAGUUUUAGGAAUCAUAUUGUAUUUCAUAACACAGAACAAACUGGCACAUUUACCUUGAGUUUUGGUCCACUUUAGGCUGUGUUGGUAGAGAAUUUCAUGAUUCACAAUCUCCCUUGACAGUGAGAUGUGUUGAUCUACAAUCAGGUCAGAGAAAGAAUGAAUUACUAUUCACUUUUGUAACCAUUAUUGCAGUUCACUUUAAUCAAAUGUAAUAAUUGUUAGUAAAUAUCAUGGCAUAUAGACCCAUUUCUAUGCAGGGACUGUGUAACAAACAAGGCAGUAGCCAUUGCUAGGCAGCAGAUUCUUAACAAGCAGCUAAGGAACUAUUGGAAACGGUGUUUUCUACUUGGUCCAUGCAAACGGGUUAUAUAACAAGGACACCAGCCAAGCUAGAGUCAUCCCAUGAGGAGACUGUGUUGAAUACCUCCACCGUAGUCCUGUCAGUUGUAGGAGACAACAAAAAGAGAAGUCUCAAAUCUGAGAUGGUCAUGAGUCCUGUGGGACUUGGACCUAAAAAAGACUGUGCUGGCU